AUGUCAGAGCUAUCAUCAGACGAGAUUGCUUCGAUUGAGAAAUACCCUCUGAGGACACUCGACCAGUUACGUAACUUUCUCCAAGGGACAGAACCGUCUAACUCGCUAUCUAAUGAUGGUGCUGCUGAUGACCCUGUUCGAACCGAUCGAAUGACAAUAUCGAAAGUUCUAAUUACUUUGAUGGAUGAAAAGGCAUCCUAUAAUCUCCAGUCACCGAUAAGCAAGCUGAAUAUUGCAUCAGAACUGGCGAGCGUAUUCAAGAGUUUUCAGCAGGAUGACUUCAACUACAGCUAUUGCCAACCACUCAUCCAACUUAUCAUACAGAAAGCACCCGACACUGAUAUAUGGAAGGCCAUUUUCGAUCUUAUCACCUCAGUCGCACAGGCCGCACAGGCCACCAGAUCCACGCCUCCGCCCAGGUCGUCCUUGAUAAUUCCACAGACCCCUCACUCGCGCAACACCAGUAGUCUCGCAAACUCGUCGGAGCUGCGAAGAGAUAUUGAUCCUGUCCUGAGGGAUGAGCUGUUAGGAGAGCUCCACGUGAACAUUCCUGGAUUCUUUGCGGCAUACUUUGAUGGCAUUGAAGGUCUCAGCCGGACUGCACAGGCUGUCUACCAGAAGUGCAACACAGGGGAUAGCCCGCUCUACAAUGACAAGAGUGGAUGGAAGGAUUGGCCUGAUGAUAUGGAUGAGAAAUAUGUACUUGAUUGGCUAAUCAAAGUUAUUAACCAGCUUUCCCAGUUUGCAGAGGAUCAUGACCUGACUCGAACACCUGCUCGCAGACCCUUGGCCCAGCCAGCCCAGCCAAUUGCUGGAUCCAUUGCAAAGCGAAAACUUGAUGUAGGGUUUGUAGACAACCCAGACAGCACACCAGAUAAGAAGUACAAGUGGUCAGAGAUCCUAGUGCCAGGAGAGCUGAAGAAUGACCGAAAGUAUGAUAUCCCUUCUGGGGCAAGGCUCGAUCUGGCCCGAUAUGCUAGAGAAGUGCUCUCUGCGCAAGAUGACCGCCGAUUCGUCCUUGGCUUCACACUGUGUGGACCAAUUUUACGCGUCUGGGAAUUUGACCGUUGUGGCGGGAUUGCUUCAGAUGCGAUCGACAUCAACAAAGAUGGCCUGAGGUUUAUCUCAGUGAUGCUGGGGUUCCUCUACAUGGACCGAUCUCAACUCGGUUUUGAUCCCACAGUGGUCACAGUGAAUGGUAGACGCUGCAUUGAGAUUGAGUGUGGUGGUGAGAAGGAGUGUCUUGUCAUUGAUGAAGUGAUCCUGCGGGCGCGAUGCAUUGCUGGCCGAGCCACAACCUGCUGGAGGGCGCAUCGUAAGGCGGGUGAUUUGCAGAUGCCCCUGGUGAUCAAGGACUCCUGGCAGUAUUCAGAGCGCGAUGAGGAAGGGGAGCUGCUGCGCCAGGCCACAGAGUGCGGGGUCACCAAUGUAGCCCGGUAUGAUUCCCAUGUCACCGUCCAAGUGGACGGUAAAGACGAUGACAUCCAGGCCAUUCGGAAAGGUCUCAGCGUUCCAACAGUGAACAAUCAGUCGAACAGUCUGCAAGAACUCCCAAAGCGGAGUGCAUCUAAUAGAGGGCGAAAUGACCCUGGCAACAGCGCCAUUGGACAGAAACGGUCAUCUGACUGCAUGGAUCCAGUGUUUCCUCCUCCUAGCAAGCGUACUCAGUCAAACUCUCCAACAAAAGUUUCUGCAAAGGACAAGCCACUCAAUCGAGUUCACCGCCGUGUCAUUGUUCAGGACUAUGGGAUCCCUAUAUUCAAGAGCAGCUCCAAGGUUGCUCUGCUCAAAGGAAUCGAGCUCUGCAUCGAGGGGUAUGAAUCUCUGUACUCAAAAACUGGAUUGAUUCAGAGUGAUAUCUCUCCACAAAAUCUCCUGAUAAAUGAGGAUAAAGAUAACCCUUCCUGGCGGGCAUUUCUGAUUGACCUUGAUCUGGCAAUCAGAGAGCAGCGGGAUGGCUACUCUGGGGCGCGAGGCAAGACUGGCACUAGAGCAUUUAUGGCAAUUGGUGUGCUGUAUGGGGAAAAGCACUCCUUCAUGCAUGACCUUGAGUCCUUUUUCUGGGUUCUAUUCUGGAUAUGUGUUCACUACGAAGGGCCUGGGAGGGGAAGGGAAGUGGGGGAUUUUGAGGAGUGGAACUACAUGAGCACAGAAAAGCUUGCUGGAUCAAAGAAGGGGGUGAUAGAUGAUGAAGGGGAUUUUCUCAGAACUGCAACAGAUAACUUCACUCCAUACUACCAGCCAUUGGUAUCUUGGGUUAACAGGCUACGGCGAAUCGUGUUCCCGGGUGGGAGACGAUGGAAGAAGCCUAAUCCAAACCUGGGUUUGGACAUGCGGAGAGUGAUUCAAGAAGCACAAAAGGAUCCAGAUGUUAUAGGAUAG